AUGUCUUCAACAUCGGAAACUGCUACAGUUAAUGGCACUAGUAGAAGUGCGGGUGAAACAUCAACCAAAGCAACCACACCUAUUUCCAACGACGAUCCAUUAAUUUAUAAAAAGAGAAAAUUGGUGAGAUCCCCAUCUAAAGCAAACCCAUUGAAGUAUAAAGUAUGGUUAGCUGGACACAUUUCAAUGUUAGUUUUUGGGUCAAUUUCGUUUAUUUUCCAAAUUUUGUGGUUGCCUAAUUAUUAUUAUAUCAACUCCAUCAGUUAUCGAUUGGGGUUAAUUGGAAGUAUUGCUGCGUUGACAGCAACAUUCAGUCAUAAAUUUGGAUUGCACAAUUUACCAAAUAUUGGAACUUUAUUAAGUCAUCAAAAUUUUCAAUAUCUUGUUCUUGCUGUAGUUUGGAUCUUUACAUUUAAAUCCGUAUUCAAGAUUUUACCUUAUUUCUUGUUGGCAUUGUUACAUAUUGGCAAUUUGAAACAAAUCCUGUUUAUCACCAAAGAACUGGAUUUCUUAGCUAGUGUCAUUGCAUACGACGAAUUGCUUUUGGUUGUUUACUUGCUUUUGAGAACAUUGUUUUUCAGAAACGCCAGUGGUUAUCAAUUGACGAUAUUCUUGGUCUUUUACUGGUUACGAAUUUUGUACAAUAAAGAAACAACUAAUUUGUUUCAAACUAUUAUUGAAAGAUUAGAUGGUAAGGUUACCAAUAUCAAAAAUCCCAAAGUCCAGCAUUAUUGGUAUAAAAUCAAGGCUUUUGUUAAUGAGAAGCAACAGCAAGAACAACAAGAUUAA